CGCAUUGUAUGUUAAUACAUUCUCGUUUGGGCAUAUCAAAUUUAGCGCGAGUUUAUACGUCAUUAUUGAAUGUCGCUUCCUUGUUUAUCUGUGUUUUAAUGUGAAAUAUUCUGGAUGAGAUCUACAGUUAUCACUCAACUUCCUCUUCAAGAAGACCAUCGAAUGUAAUUGUUAAGAUCUUGUGAAAAAAAAAUGGAUUGCUCAUUUAACAUUUUAAUACUACUUAUUUUCUGGUCAACUAUAAGUGCUUUAAACCAUCAAUGUAAAGAAUGUAAUGAUAUUCCAAAGUGUAUUCCAAAUGGAUUCACAUGUGUUAGAAUAAUAGAUUUUUUGGGGGAAAACAAAAGUUUUGAAUUUAAUAGUUCAAACUUUAUAUCUAAAGACUGGGAAAAUGUAACUGAACUUCAGUUACAGGAACUUGAACAGGACCAAACGUCAACGAUCAUUUUUAUGGAGGAGUGUUUUAUCGGAUUAAAAUCACUCCGAGAGUUACAUAUCAAUCUACAUACACAGAUUCAACUAGACACAAAUGUUUUUGUAGGAAUUGACAAUCUAGAAUUCUUAGACUUGAGUGAAUGCGUUCAUUUAGAUAUACCUGAACUUGUGCCAAGUUUAACAGGGUCAAAUAAACUUCCGAACUUGAAAUUUUUAAAAGCAUCAAAAUUAAAUACCUACAAUGGCGGAAUCUAUUUUGACACAAAAUUUGCCGAGGCACUCGGUGAUAAACAAAUAACAUCUUUAGAUUUUAGUCAUACAAAAAUAACAGGUAUAAACACAACCGCUGGUUUGCAAUACAUAGAAGGACUUAAAAAUGUGAAUAUAUCUUAUUCUCCAUCAACAAACGUGAUAUUAGGUGAUAAAAAGUUGGAGAAUAUCAAUAUUAUUGAUAUGAGUCAUGUAUCUUGGUUAAUUCCAACCAUAAAAUUUGCCAACAAGACAUGGAAAUAUUCCGAAAGUAAUAAAAAAUGGAAUUCUCUUUUGUAUCCUAAAAUAGUCAAUAUGAGUUCCAAUUUUCCUGAUCAUGAGUCAGUUCGUUUUGUAAACUGCACAUACAAAGUUGAUGAGCCAUUUCAAUGGAAGAGUGAAGAAGUGAUAGUAAUGGAAAACAAUGUUAAAUAUUUAGAUCUUAGGGUGGAUUGUUUGAGUCAUAAAGCUGUUACAAUAAAACACAUAAAUGCAGCUGGAAAUCAAAUGGAAUUCCUACAUCCAAGUACAUUUGGAUGUUUCCCCAACCUUGUAAAACUUGACUUGUCAAUCAACAAGUUAUAUAAAAUGGCAAAAGAAAAUCAUCCGUUGUUUCAGCAACUGUUCCUAUCACUUUCUCGUCUAAAGAUUUUAAACUUAUCAUUUAAUCGACUUGAAGUUAUACCUGAAAAACUGUUCUCUGAAAAUCGUGACCUUGAACUGCUAGACUUUUCUCAUAAUGAACUAGAGCAAGUGACCUUCACAUUAGAAUAUCUGUACAAACUGAAGGUUCUUAAUCUUCAAUUUAACAGGAUCAAAAUUUUGAACUCCCUUUCCAUCAAUUACCUUAGCAGUGGACUCAGUACACCAGGAAACAAAACAUGGACUUUGGAUCUUGGGAAUAACCCUAUAGCAUGUUCAAAAUGCGAAGCAAAACAAUUUAUCUAUUGGUUAACACAUACAAAAUCUGCGAUUAUUUCCGCUACAAAUCUUACUUGUGCUGCAUUUAAGAAUACUAGGAAAGAAAUAGAUGAACACACAUUAGAUGAUGUCAACAACAUUUGUAAACGGAAGAUCAUAAUCAUUUCAACCACUGUAUCUGCGGGAUUUACUUUAAUUAUUGUUUUUAUAGUCAUUAUGGUUGUGUACAAACGUCGUAAACGAGCUACUAAAAGAAUGAAGAGAGGAGAAUUAUUGAAAAGGCUUCAAGAAGGUAAAGGUCAGAACGAAUUUGUUGCAUUUGUUUCGUACAGCAGUGAGGACAAAGAUUUUGUGGAUAACUAUUUAAUUGCUCACUUCAAUGAAACUCUCCAACAAAUGAUUGGUGUAAACAGAAAUUUGAUUUGUACAGGUGACCUAUAUCUGAGACCAGGUUUCGGGAUUACGGACGAAAUAGCAUUGUGUAUGGAAAGAGCAUCGGCUUUCAUUGUAGUUGUAUCAAAUGACUUUAACUUAAGUCUAUACUGUCAGAAUGAACUAGAUAUGGCUUACCGUCUUCAAAAACCAAUCGUACUUUUCAUUAAAGGAACGAUUGACGAAUCACUAAUGACACCUUUGAUGAAAUGCCUCUUCAAAAGUAAUGUCAGAGUACUGUGGGCUCUUGAAAACCAGCAAUACACACUGAAGACUACAUGGGAGAAUGUCUGUUCAUCAUUGUUGGAUUUGAUAAUAAAAAAAGAAGAAAAAUGAAAGAAUUAGAGUGCUCAAAAAGAGAAGUUGUAAAUAAUUACAUUCUCAUUUUGAUAUACUGAAUGCUUACUUUUAAAUUUAGUGAUGAUAUACAUGUAUAUAGGCUUUUACAAAUGUUGUUAUUUCGUAUUGGCUUACAUUUAUUAAACCUAGGGAAGCGUUAUGACAAAAAUGAAGCCAGUGAGAAAUGUUACAUAUUAAAUGUAAGUCCAUAUGAAAUAACAUUGAAUAAUAUAACAUUCCUUGUACAUAUUUCCUUACUGUAAUGUAGGCAUGCGGAUAUGAAGUUGUAUUUAUGCAGUGAAUUUCCCCAUGAUAUACGAUACUGAAUGCAUAAAUGACGAUUUUCUUUUCUUCCUCCUUUUUGUCCUUUUCAGAUAUCUACCGGAACAAUAUAUUGCUUAAUUUGUGUUAUUUGCAUAUAUCAUGUUGUAUCCUAAAUACCUUGUGUGAAAAUAAAGUUGUUUGUCUGUCUGUCCGUCUGUCUGUUACAGUGGCAUAUUUUCAACCUAGAUCCUAUGUAAAGUCAAGUGUAUAUAUCUAUUAACUAACGGUUUAAACUUUUAAAGCUAAUACUUCUACAAUUUCAUAUAUUUUAACAGUGUACUUGUACCUUUUUACAA